CGGAGCGUGUGUCCUGGUGACACCUCUGAGCAUUGAUCGCUGGAAAUUCGGCUGAUCUGUCCAGUUUCGUGUCCCUAUUACGCACACAUUCUGACUAUUGGAGCUCCCGUUGUCUUGACGCACGGUCGAGCUCCUCUCUAAAUUGGUCCUUCACAGGACCGUGGGUAUAAAAGUACGACCUGGCUUCUGAAAUUUACAAAAUUAGGGAAGUUGGGGGAACUUCAUUAGUGUUUAUGACGCUCUAGUACGGCUCUACCAAGUGGGUAGGUUGCCAGUAUUUUUUUUUGUUUUUGUUUAUUAUUUAUGGGAGGGGGGUAUCAAACCUGUAAAUGCUUGCAGUAUCAAAAUAUAAAGGGAGAGACAGUAUAUCGAACAUUUUUUUUCAUGCACAUCAUAGGCCUAGAUCUACAACAUUCGACAUUGCAUUUCUCACAGUCAGCAGAUCGUAAAAUUUCAAGCGUUUCUGGAACCAAGAUCAGGAAUCUUGUAAAUUGUCCUCCUUAGUCAUUUUAUGGGUUUAUGAGGACUUGAGGAAGAGACAUUACACAUGAAAAAAGAUUGAAAAAGAAUCCAUCAGCAUGUUCAAAACAGUGCAAAGGUCAGUGUUUGAAUUUCUGGGGUUACCAACAGAAGAUGGGAUACCCCUGGUACCAGUAGAAAAUGAAGAACGGAGACAGAGAUGGCAGAACAGGAGGAAAAGGACCCAUUUGGUCUCCCUUACAGUGGGAAGUGGGGAUCAGGUGGAUGCCCGCCGCACUGCUCGGAUGGUACCUCAUAAAUUACCCAAAAAACCUGUAGUGGAACUAAUACUGGAUUCCUCAACGUCUGCAAUGGGGGUAUCCAAACAGAGGCCAAAGCGAAUGGUGGGAAACUCUCAAAGAAGUUUUGCUCCAGCCAGUUUAGACAAAUUCAGUAAACCAAUAUUUGAUGAGAGGUGGAGGAGAGAGCGUUUCUAUGAUGAUUCAGACGAGGAGGAACGGCUGCCCACAAAGCCCAAGCUGAGAGAUGUUGCUGAGUCUGGAGUUGAUGGAGGAAUGGGUAGACAGCAUAGAGAGGAUAUGGGUGUUGGAGUAGAUGGUAUUGAAUUGAGAGAGACUACUGAGAAAGCUGUUGGAAUGAACCGAAUCUCCCAGGAUGUAGUUGACGCUGAACCAGUGCUUAAAGUCCUGGAGGAAGACUUUUGUAACCUACUAUACUGUAAAUGUAUGAAGAAAAACUCUGUCAUAGGAGACGAUGAUGAUGACUACAUGAAUAGGCCUUACUUUACCUAUUUCAUCACCUUUGUGCAGACAGUGAUACUGAUCUGUGCUCUGGCUAUUUACGGAUUUGGACCCUUUGGAGUGGAUGAGGUUGAAAAGCAAGAAGUGGUGUUGAAACCGAAUUUGGCUUUGGAGGCAGAGGCUAGGAGGGAGUUUGGAAACAUGUGGUUAGGACCUAGUCAGAAAGAUCUGAUUCACCUCGGAGCAAAGUACUCUCCAUGUAUGAGGAAAGAUCCAAAUCUGGAAGCAGUGCUGGCAGAGCAGAGAAAUGAGGAGAGACUGACCGGCUGUUGUGUCCGUGAUGAUGGGUCAGGGUGUGUCCAGACAACUGUUCACAAAUGUAGUAAACUGAUAUCAACCUUUGUGAAGUGGAAUGACUCCAGUAGGAUAGAUGGUGGCUAUAAGUCUGGUGCUGUGUGUGGCCUGGAUCCUAACCACUGCAAGAGUCCCUCCUCUACUCCACCAUUUGAGUGGGAUAAGAAGGACUUCACAAACUGGCCGAUUUGUAAAGAAACCAAGAAUGUCAGUCGUAGUUUUCGUGGUUGCUCCCAGCCUGGCUCGGACUGUCACAUGACUUGUGACAUGCUUGGACGGCCAUGUUGUUUUGGUAUCCAAGGAGAAUGUAUGAUCACAACAAGAGAGCACUGUGAAUUUAGACAGGGCUACUAUCACGAUGACAAAUUUUUGUGUUCUCAGGUGAACUGCUUUGAACAGAUAUGUGGUAUGAUUCCCUUUGUGUAUGAUGAUAGGCCAGACCAGUUCUCCAGAAUUCUCUCAGCCAGUCUGCUGCAUGCUGGUCUCUUUCACCUGGUGAUCACCCUCAUCAUACAGUUGUGGAUCAUGCGGCGUCUGGAGCAGAUGAUUGGUUGGAUCAGAAUGAUGUUUAUCUACAUCAGUAGUGGCUGUGUUGGGACAUUAGCCAGUGCCAUUCUCACCCCAUACCAGGUGGAGGUUGGCCCCUCAGGAGCUCAGUUUGGUGUGUUGGCCUGUCUGUAUGUAGACAUCAUCAACCAAAUUCUUGUCAACAAGUUUUCGUCGGGGGACAAAUCCAAGGAAAAUACUCAAUUAAAGUACAAUUUAGGAGCCUACAGUGCUAUUCUGUUCCUGCUGUUCUUCCUUGGAGUUUUCCCCUGGAUGGACAACUGGUCUCACAUAUUUGGCUUCUUCUUUGGAAUGUUCAUCUCCUUGGUUGUGAUGAAGGAGACCGAUAUAAAGGCGAAGGGAAUCACUCGUGUUCAUGUGGUUCUCACCUUUGGCAUUUUGUCAUUGGUCGUGUUCCUAUUUCUCAUCAUAAUGUUCUACGCAGCACCUCUUACUGAGAGCACAUGGUUGCAAUACAUUAACUGUAUUCCCUUCACAGACACGUUCUGUAGCAAUAUGGAUGUCACUAUUAGUCGGGGAUCGACAUACUCAAAAUAUGUCAAGUAAUUCUAUAGGUGCUGAUUCAUUAUCUUUCAUAUACUAGGCUAAGCAUAGUUUUUUUUAAUAAGGUGUUGUGUGAAUUUUUUAAAAUACGGUUGUAUAUAUUUUUUGUUACAGAAGUGCACCACAAGUAUGGUUGUAAUCAAAUAAGCAGUGCUUAGCAUAAUAUGAAGCUGUAAUUGGUAUACUCUCUCACGAGUUUAUGUGAUAAUCUCAGGAUGUAUUGGUGCAUUGAAUAAACUGUUAAAGGUUAGAGAGUUGUCAACCCAAUCAACCAUGCAGGCUGGGGGACAUGUCACUAUUGUCAGCAGAAUAGACAAUUAACAGUUAUAUUUGUUGUGUAGACCAUACUAAGAUUGUGUAAUUACAUUGUACGUGUAUUUCAAUAUCUAGUACAUUAUGAAUUGGCACUAGCUUUAUUUUAUUGUAUCACUGGAUUGUUUACAUAUAUUUCUAAAUAUAGUACAUACACGUUGUAUAAUGAGGAUUAGUUCAUGUAUCAAGAUCUCAUUUUGCAGCAAUAAUUUAUUGUGUUAUUUGUAAUAAUAUUGUGUACAGUGUAUGUUUAGGAUUUCUAAACAAAAAAAAAAUGAAAAAGGAAUGAACAAUAUCUCCUUGUACUCUUAGUAGUGGUUAGAUAUUAUGACGAUUGUUUCAGAUUGGAGCAAUUAUUUAUAUUUUAUUUUAUAGGUGCAUAGCCACAAUUUGUCCGAAUAAUCCUUGAGAAACUUGUGCAAGAUCACACAUUUAGUAUACAUUAGUAGUUUCAUCUGAUCAAAUUAUGUCUAUAAUAUACCACAAAUAUUUACCACUAGACAUCCUACACAUCUUUAUAAAGUUUGCUGUUUUGAAUUGAUUUUCUUUUUCAUUGUUUCUUUUUUACCACGUGUUUACAGCAUAUCAUUUAUGUUAAUCACCUUCUCUUUUUAAUAGUUUAUCUUUAAUUGUAUGAUUAACUUUUGUUGAUUAAACCACUAAACUCACA